GUUGUACAAAGAAGUGUUGCAUUAUUUAUUAUAUAAGUUAUUCAUCUGUUGGUAAGAACAAGGAUUCAAAGAUCUAGCCUAUUGCUCGCAAUCAAGACGUGCGGAUCAGUUGAGUGAUGAACAGUAUGGCUGACUGUGAGGGUGACGGACAAGACAAUCAGUUCUACGAGACUGUCAUUCUGGACACUGGAGUGUGGUAUGCCUGCGGACACGAUGACUGCGACCACAUCCAGAAGAAUGAGCUGCAAAUGAUUGAGCACUUGAGACAACACUUCUCGGCACUCGAUGGCCACCACUCCGAUGACGAUGUUGGAUCAGUUGAUGGCAUCAAUGAAUCCAAUGAAUCGAAAGAUUCCAAAAUUAUGAUUAAUUUGUCCGAAGAGUCCAAUCAUUUAAAUGACAGUUCAGGCGAUGAAGAGACCACUCAUGAGCAACAAAUGGAUCAAUUGAACGCCAAUUUAGACAAUGAUUGGGAGGUUUGGAUUGAAUUGAGAGAAUUGAAUGGAAGGGAUAGACUGUACUGUCAGUGGACUGACUGUCGGUUCAACACAAACCUCAGAGUUGCCGCGAGAAGACAUGUCUUCAACCAUUUGAAUGGAGUGUCGGUUCACACGACCUCUCCUAAGAAGAUCACAGAAACUGAUUUCUGGAAUCAGAUCUUCAAUGACGUCAACCAUAACGACAAGUCUUCUGAGACGAAGAAAAUAAAGACACCGACGAAGACACCAACGAUGACACCGCGGAAGCAAAGCUGCGGUCAAUCGAAAUCCAAAGCUAGAAGUGGUGAAGAGGUAAAUAAAAAGCGGAAGAAUGGAUCCAAAACGAAGAAUCUCAGGUCCAGUGAUAAAUGUGUGGCGAAGAAAGGCAUUGAAUCGCAUGCGAGUGAUCUGAUUGACAUCAAAGUGAAGAGCGGAGGCUUUCUUAGCGCCAAAGGGAUGGCCAGCGCUUCCAAACUGAAGGCUCACAUCAAUAGGGAAGUGAUAGAUGGCGUCAAAUGGUAUUUCUGUGACUACAACAAGACGUGCGGAUUCAGGUGUCGGCGCUCUCAGCAAAUAGCGGCGCACAUCCACUGCAGUCACAUCGGGAUGUACCUGAGGUGCCAUCAGACCAAUUGCGGCAAAAUAUUUCGGACUCCAAACUCAUGGCGCGAACACCAGAAGAACCAUAUCUGCAAUUUCGGGAUUUUCGGGUAUCAGAAGGGAGUGACCGGUGUUUGUCGUAACGAAAACCUCAUCAAAUAUAAGCAAAUGGUUGUAAUGCCCGAUAACACGAAGGCCUACCGAUGCACUUGGAAAGGCUGUUCAUUCGUUACCGCCGGCUACCGAAUAAAGCGACACAUUCACAACCAACACGUCUGUCCGUAUCGUAAUUCUGGUGAAUGGAAGAAGAAGUUUAACGAAUCGUUGGAAUACACCCAACAAUUGGAUGACAUUCCUGUCGAUACGAUGGUUGACAUCAAACACGAGAUAUUGUUUUGCCGAAGAAAGGGCUGUACCUCGAAGUUCGCCAAUGAGUCGGACCGUAGAAGGCAUGAGCACUCGUAUUGUGGAUUCAGAAACGAAAACAACAAUACUCUUAAGAACCACACGAAACACAAAUCCAAAUCAAAACAAGUAUUGAAUCUUAAGUCCAGAGUUCGUGAUCUGAAAGUUGUGAACAACAAGAAUCUCAAGCAUAAGAAGCCAAUGAAUGGAAAGGCAGUCAAUGCAGACGUUGACAAAAAGGAAAAGUCAUUGAGUCGUCUUAAAAGCCAACCCAUUAUACCUCAAAAGAGUUCUUUGAAUGACACAAACAAAUCAUUUUCAAAGACAUGUGAAUCCAAACGCAGGAGUUAUCAAAACGAGAGCUCAAAGAAACUGAUUUGUUCUUCAAAUGGUUGUGAAUCCGAUGAUAACCACGAAAAGAAUCUCAACAUUGAAAAGAAGUCUUUUUGUGAAUUGAACACAAAGACCACAAAUACUCAGACCAUUGGAUCCAAUGAUAAAAGCAAAUUAAUCUCAACACGUAAAGAUAGAGCUGAAGAAAGAGUAGAUCACAAGAAGACGUGUGGAUCACAAGAAUCGAAAGAACUGAGUCCUAAACGUGCGGACAACAAAACAGUUGGCAUUGAAAAUAAGGCAACUGUUAGUACAAACACAUUGGGAAUUGACCCCAAAUGCCAGCAAUUCAUUGAAUCGAAAGAUUUCGAAGGCGUCGGUUAUUUGAUCUGCAAGUAUUCGCGUGACUGCAAGUAUGUCACAAAAGUGGUCGAAAAAAUCAAUGAACACGUCUUAAGACUUCAUUUGGGAAGUCGUCCAAUGAAUACAAUCCUGACGUCCACUCCUAAGCAGCAAACAGUUGCUAAGAAAAGGUCUUACAGUUCGCUCGAAACUAAUGACUUUAAAGAGACAAAAGCCAAGAAACUGAAGACUGAACCGAAAGAUGAGUCCAAAGACACCAAAGAAGUGAUACCAAAGACGAUUGGAACGAACGAAUGGGACCAAUACGUGGACCAGAAGACCGUCGAAUCGAAACUCAACUAUUUCUGCAAAUAUGAUAAGAGUUUGUGUCGAUUCUAUUCCGAAGAUCUCUCAGAAAUCUAUGACCACAUCCACGACCGACACAUUCACUUCAAAUGCGAUGUCAAGAAUUGCAGCCAAAAGUUCAAGAAUCAGAAUCUGCUGGACGUCCACAAACGCAACCAUAUCUGCGGCUUUGGUAUAAAGGGAAUGAAAGCGACGGGCGUUUGCUCUCUGGAAAACAUCCGCAAACAUAGGGGCGAGAGAAUGGAGAACUAUGAGAUGGUGUACCCGUGCAUGUGGUUGGGCUGUUCGUAUGUCCACUCCGAUAAGACCACAACACUUAUGCAUAUCCACAACAGACACGUUUGCAUCAACAGACCCACCGAUGUUUCUCUCAAGUGUUAG